GGAUGCCUCUCUGGGCACCUCGUUCCCGAGCAGCGCGGGCUCCCCGGCUGCGAAGGACAAGCCUGCCGCCCCAGGCGCGGACGAGGGAGGCGCGCCGUCAUCCGCCGCGUCGCCGAGCGGGGAGUCUCCCGCGCAGGAGGCCGAGAACGCCGUCUUGGACAUGCUGCGCUGGUGCCUGGCGAACGGGGGGGAGUCUACCCGGAAGACCUUCCUGGACGAGAGGGGGUUGACAAUCAUGCUCAACCUGCUGUUCCGGAAGGGACAGGACCGCAGAGCAGGGCAGCAGGAGUCUGGGGCCGCUCCCGACCAGAGAGUACGGAACGUGAUGAACGCGUUGGUUAAGGC